AUGUUGCCCGCUGCAGCCCAGGAGAAGGAAAUUUCCUACCAGGGAGCAGCCGCCCGCAUCGCUGUCGUGCAGGAGCCCUUGUCGUGGGCAAACCUGAGCGGAUCUCCGCAGACGACCCGAGCUUCGCAUUCGACCUCCAAUGGAAAUUCCAAGCAUGAGGACCUAAUUCAGCCCCAGCCGCCCGGACGGGUGGAUCACGUCGGACCAGAACUGGAUCCAAACGGUGCAAGUCCCGACGAGCUGGCUGUCAUCCGCCGACGCAGCAUUUGA